CAGACUCAAAAAUCAGUUUGGGUUCUUGUCCAAAGUGAUGCUGAAUACCGUGGAGAUGACUUCACCGCAAGUCUGACGGCUGGUAAUGUAGAUAUACUCAAUAGUUCUGGCAUCCUUGUGGCUCAUUAUCUUCAACGGAUGGCUCCACGUGUUGAUGUAGGAGGAGAACUUCUCUACCACUAUGGCUCUGGCCAGGAAGUGGCCAUGAUGUCCUGCGCGGGUCGAUACACAGCAGAUGAUUGGAUCGCCUCAGCGACAGUUGGUCAAACAGGAUGGCAUUUAAGUUACUGGCACAAGGGCAAUGAGAAUGUAAAGGUUGGCGUAGAGUAUGAGUAUAACACAAGGGCCCGCGAUAGUUCGGUUAGCGCAGGGUAUCUAAUUGAUGUACCCAAAGCUAAUUUUACAUUUCGCGGAAUGCUGGAUACAAAUUGGACAGUGGCGGCUGUUAUGGAAAAGAGACUUCCUCCAUUGCCAUUCACGUUUUUGUUGAGUGGUAUGGUAAAUCAUACCAAGAAUCAAGCGCGGUUUGGGUUUGGUCUAAAUAUAGGUUGACUGUUGGGUUCAAUGUCAGUAUCUGAGUAGCUCUGUACCUACCCCUCCCUCAGCCCAACAACAUUCAACUGAUACCAAGUUAGGGUUAAUGUGGGACAAGGGGAGGGGUAGGUGAGUUGUUGCUUGGAUAUCGACAUUGAUACAAAUAUUGUUGCUAAGAGCAAUGAGAUUUUUUGUUAUUACUUUUAACGGCUUUGUGUGGAUCAAUCAGAUUGUGGAAGCAAACUCUCUCCAGAUUUGGCUUUUUCAGUGCCUACAGCACUGUCACCUUGAGGACCAGUGGGCAGGGUGUUUUUAUUUUAUUGGGGACUGGAGUAGGAACUGUUUAUAAAUGGAAUGGCGCAUGUAUAAAUGAAAGAUCCGAUAUACGUGUGGGGAAAGACUGAAAUUCAUGGUUGCAAAGGACAGAUCUGAAUGAAUUGCUUUCUGAUAAUCUCUGAAUUUCCUUCCUUCGGUGGAAGAGUACAGCUUGAUUAGAAGCUUAAUAAACAGCUCUCAUGUGGUCUUUCUAUAUUUGAA